AUGUCGAUCGGGAAAAGUUCUAAAAUGGUGCAGCACAUCAACUACAGGAUGCGCUGUCAGCUGCAGGAUGGCCGAGUCUUCAUCGGCACCUUCAAAGCCUUUGACAAGCACAUGAACUUGAUUCUUGGUGACUGCGACGAGUUCAGAAGGAUCAAGCCCAAGAACGUCAAGACUACCGAAAAGGAGGAGAAGAGAGUGCUAGGGUUGGUGCUGCUCCGGGGCGAACAUCUGGUUUCUAUGACAGUUGAAGGACCGCCAGCAGCAGAGGAGGGAUCAGCCAGGGUGCCACUUUCCGGUGCCAGCCAAGGCUCAGGUGUGGGUCGGGCAGCAGGUCGAGGUAUUGCUGGAGCCACAACAGCACCAGCCCCUGGCUUGCAAGGUCCUGCACGAGGAGUGGGAGCCCCAGCACCACAGAUGAUGACCCCACAGCCCCGGGUUGGGGGUCCGCCUCCACCACCAAACAUGGGUAUGCCAGGCAUGAGAGGACCAGUCCCUGGCCAGCCAAGAAUGGGACCUCCCAUGUAA